AUGGCUAAUCAAAAUGGGCACCUAGUUAUGCUUGCAUUGCAAAAUCUAGAAGGUCAAACGGUCACCAAAAUUGCAACGCAUAUCGCUGACGCAGCUUGCGUGCCUCCCAAUAAUGAGGUCAAGGAAACGGUGAUCGUUUCAGAAGAAGCUAGCGAACUAGAACCGAAAGCUAAUAAGGAUAAUGGUGGCGAGUCGGAAGAUCGUGGUAUGCGGCUACGAAAGAGACGCGUUGCUCGUAACCAGAGCCGCAGUCGACGCACUUCGAGACGUCGUGGACGCCGCUAA